AACCCUUUGGAUUAACGUCGAAAUAGUUUCAGAUGCGGCUUUACUGACUUAAAAUUAAACAAACUGAGCGGGAGUUCCUUUAUUCAGCCGAGUCGCAGCGACAGAAGAUGGUUCUGCAGAACAGCGGACGGUACAAAGCGGCGCGAGGACAAAGUGGAGGCGACCAGGAGAACCAGGAUGAUGGAUCCGCGAUGUCGGCCCUCAAGCGGCUGGAGCGGAUUCAGUUCACCGACGAGAUGGACGCUCGCUUCGGCUUCGACCGGAUGAAGGAGCCGGGGGAGAAAACGGGCUGGCUGAUCAACAUGCAUCCCACUGAGAUCCUGGACGGCGACAAGAGGCUGAUCAGUGCCGUGGACUACUACUUCAUCCAGGACGACGGCAGCAGGUUUAAAGUGGCUCUCCCGUUCCAGCCAUAUUUUUACAUUGCUACUAAAAAGAACUGUGAGCGAGAAGUGAUCUCGUACUUUUCGAGAAAGUUUCAAGGAAAGGUGUCCAAGCUUGAAGUUAUCCUAAAAGAGGACCUCGACCUGCCCAACCAUCUCGUCGGCCUGAAGAGAAGCUACAUCAAGCUGUCCUUCAGCACCCUGGACGACCUCGUCAAGGUCAAGCGUGAGAUCUCCCCGGCAGUGCGCAAAAACAGAGAGAGGGAGCAGUCCAAUGACUCCUACACCGCGAUGUUAUCGAGCGCCUUGUCCGGCGGCCAUGUGUCCUCGGCAGAUGAAGUGGGGACGUCAAAGAGUAUCUCGGACCAGUUGGACAACAUCGUGGACGUGAGAGAGUACGACGUGCCCUAUCAUAUGCGACUGUCCAUCGACCUGAAGAUCCACGUGGCUCACUGGUACAACGUCCGAUACCGAGGCAGCCUUCACCCGCCGGAGAUCGUUCUCCGAGACGACCUCGUGGAGAGGCCGGACCCUGUUGUUCUGGCGUUCGACAUCGAGACCACCAAACUGCCACUGAAGUUCCCGGACGCAGAGAGCGAUCAGAUCAUGAUGAUCUCCUACAUGAUUGAUGGACAGGGGUUUCUCAUCACGAACAGAGAGAUUGUCUCGGAGAACAUUGAAGAUUUUGAAUUCACUCCCAAACCUGAAUACGAAGGCCCGUUCACUGUUUUCAACGAGGAUGACGAGGCGGCGCUCAUUCAGAGAUGGUUUGAUCACGUUCAGGAAACCAAGCCGAACAUCUUCGUGACCUACAACGGAGACUUCUUUGACUGGCCGUUCAUCGAGACCCGGGCCGCCCUCCACGGCCUGGACAUGUACCGAGAGAUCGGCUUCCAGAAGGAUAACCAGGGAGAGUACAAGUCCAGUCAGGCCGUCCACAUGGACUGCUAUAGGUGGGUGAAGAGAGACAGCUACCUGCCGGUGGGAAGUCACAAUUUGAAGGCAGCAGCGAAGGCCAAGUUGGGCUACGACCCAGUGGAGCUGGACCCGGAGGAGAUGUGCCGCAUGGCCACUGAAGAGCCACAGACUUUAGCUACCUACUCGGUGUCGGAUGCCGUAGCCACAUAUUACCUGUACAUGAAAUAUGUCCACCCCUUCAUCUUCGCUCUGUGCACCAUCAUCCCCAUGGACCCUGAUGAGGUGCUGCGUAAAGGUUCUGGCACUCUGUGUGAGGCUCUGCUCAUGGUGCAGGCCUUCCACGCCAACAUCGUGUUCCCCAACAAGCAGGAGCAGGUCUUCAACAAGCUGACGGCCGACGGCCACGUCAUGGACUCCGAGACCUACGUGGGCGGCCACGUGGAGGCGCUGGAGUCGGGAGUGUUUCGCAGCGACAUCCCCUGCCGGUUCAAGAUGAACCCGGCCGCCUUCGACUUCCUGCUGCAGAGAGUCGAGACCACGAUGCGCCAUGCCGUGGAGGAAGAGGAGAAAAUACCGUUGGAGCAAGUCACCAACUUUAAUGAGGUUUGUGAGGAGAUUAAAAAGAAGCUGACUUCCCUGAAGGAGGUCCCCAACAGGAUCGAGUGCCCCCUCAUCUACCAUCUGGACGUUGCGGCGAUGUACCCCAAUAUCAUCCUCACCAACCGCCUGCAGCCAUCCGCGAUGGUUGACGAGGCCACGUGUGCUGCCUGCGACUUCAACAAGCCUGGGGCCACCUGCCAGAGGAGGAUGGCCUGGCAGUGGAGGGGAGAGAUCAUGCCCGCCAGCCGCAGCGAGUUCCACCGCAUCCAGCAGCAGCUUGAGUCCGAGAAGUUUCCACCGUUUUUCCCCAACGGUCCGCCUCGAGCCUUCCACUCCCUGAACCGGGAGGAUCAGGCCAAGCAUGAGAAGAAACGCCUUGCAGACUACUGUAAGAGGGCCUACAAGAAGACCCACGUCACCAGGCGGGAGGAGCGAGUCACCACCAUCUGCCAGAGGGAGAACUCCUUCUACGUCGACACCGUGAGAGCCUUCAGAGAUCGCCGUUACGAGUUCAAAGGACUUCACAAGUUGUGGAAGAAGAAGCUGUCGGCAGCUCAGGAGAGCGGAGACGCUGCUGAGAUGAAGCGCUGCAAGAACAUGGAGAUCCUGUACGAUUCCCUCCAGCUGGCUCACAAAUGCAUCCUGAACUCUUUCUACGGCUACGUCAUGAGGAAAGGGGCGCGCUGGUACUCCAUGGAGAUGGCCGGCAUCGUGUGCUACACCGGAGCCAACAUCAUCACUCAGGCCAGAGAGCUCAUCGAACAGAUAGGGAGGCCCCUCGAGUUGGACACCGAUGGCAUCUGGUGUGUCCUGCCCAACACCUUCCCUGAGAACUUUGUGGUGAAAACCAGCAACGAGAAGAAGCCCACGGUGACCAUCUCUUACCCGGGGGCCAUGCUGAACAUCUUGGUGAAGGAGGGAUUCACCAACGAUCAGUACCACGAGCUGGUCGACCCCGCGUCCCUCAACUACAACAUCAGGUCGGAGAACAGCAUCUUCUUCGAGGUGGACGGGCCGUACCUGGCCAUGAUCCUGCCUGCCUCGAAGGAGGAAGGGAAGAAGCUGAAGAAAAGGUAUGCUGUGUUUAAUGAAGACGGCUCUCUGGCUGAGUUGAAGGGUUUCGAAGUGAAGAGGAGAGGAGAGCUCCAGCUCAUUAAGAUCUUUCAGUCGUCGGUGUUCGAGGCUUUCCUCAAAGGAACCACUCUGGAGGAGGUGUACUCCUCGGUGGCCAAAGUGGCUGACUACUGGCUCGACGUUCUGUACAGCAAGGCGGCCAACAUGCCCGACACGGAGCUGUUCGAACUGAUCUCAGAGAAUCGAUCCAUGUCCAGAAAGCUGGAGGACUACGGAGAGCAGAAGUCCACGUCCAUCAGCACCGCCAAGAGGCUGGCCGAGUUCCUGGGAGACCAGAUGGUGAAGGAUGCCGGUCUGAGCUGUCGCUACGUCAUCUCCAGGAAGCCCGAGGGUUCGCCCGUCACCGAGAGAGCCAUUCCUCUGGCGAUCUUUCAGGCCGAGCCCAGUGUGAAGAAGCAUUUCCUUCGUAAGUGGUUGAAAAUGCCCGGCCUCCAUGACUUGGACAUCCGCUCGAUUCUCGAUUGGAGUUAUUACAUCGAGCGGUUGGGAAGUGCCAUCCAGAAAAUCAUCACCAUCCCCGCAGCUCUUCAACAGGUGAAGAAUCCGGUCCCCAGAGUGAGGCACCCCGACUGGCUUCACAAGAAGCUCCUGGAGAAAAACGAUAUCUACAAGCAAAAGAAAAUCAGUGAGCUGUUCACCAGCGAGGGAAAGAGACAGGUGGCCCACCAGCCUCUUGAAGCGGGCCACGCUGCGGACAUAGAGGACUUUGGGCUUCCAGCCAAACCUCUGCAGCCAGCCAUCCUCAUCAGCACCAAGCGGAAGCGGGCGUCUCAGGGGCAGGACAGCCAGGUGGAGUCUCAGGAUGUGGAGCUCACUCAGUCCUGGAGGGAGAUCCUGGGGCCGCCCCCCCCGACGGGACAGACGCGGGAGGAGCGUCAGUCGUGGCUGCGUUACCAUAAGAAGAAGUGGGAGCUGCAGCUGAGACAGAGGAAGGAGAGGAAGAAGAGGAGGCGGCUGCUGGACGGCGAAGCUCAACCCGGAGGAGGAGGAGUGAUCCGAGACGGCCCCACCACCGGCCUGGGCAGCUUCCUCCGCAGGACGGCACGCAGCGUCCUGGACAUGCCGUGGCAGAUUGUGCAGAUUGCAGAGACCAGUCAUCCUGGGCUGUACAAGUUGUGGGCUGUGAUUGGUCAUGACCUCCAUUGCAUGAAGCUCAACAUCCCCCGGGUCUUCUACGUCAAUCAGAAAGUCCCCAAACAGGAAGAGAGAGGAGCCACAUACAAAAAGGUGAACCGCCUGCUGCCUCGCUCCAACAUCGUGUACUACCUGUACGAGUACUGCGUGCCAGAGGACAUGUACCAGGAGCACAUCAACGAGAUCAACGCCGACCUGUCGGCUCCGGACAUCGAAGGCGUCUACGAAACGCAGGUCCCGCUGCUGUUCCGUGCCCUGGUGCAGCUCGGAUGCGUGAGCAUGGUCAAUAAACAUGUCGUGAGGGAUCUGGCUGGCAGGGAGGCCGACACCUUUGACCUGGAGCAUCUGGAGAGACGCUCUCUGGCCCAGUUCAGCUACCUGGAGCCUGGGAGUAUUCGCCACAUCUACCUGUAUCACCACAGUCAGGGCCACAAGGCUCUGUUUGGCCUCUUCAUCCCGUCUCAGCGCAAAGCCAGCAUCUUCGUCCUGGACACGGUCCGAAGCAACCAGAUGCCCAACCUGAGCAACCUCUACACCGCCGAGCGCACCGCCCUCCUGGAGAAGACGAGCGAAGAGCUCCUGCCUCCAGAGAAACACAACUUUGAGGUCCGAGCUGAGAAUGACGCGAAGGCUAUAAACCGCGCCCUUCAACGCAUCCUGCUCAACUACAAGGAGGAGCGCCGCGGGCCCACCCUCAUCGCCGUGCAGUCUAACUGGGAGCUGCGGCGGCUGGCGGCGGCGAUGCCGGUGCUGGAGGAGUUCCCGGUCGUCCCGGUGCAUGUGGUCGAUGAGAUCAGCUACAACGUGCUGGACUGGCAACGCCACGGGGCCCGGCGCAUGGUCCGCCACUACCUCAACCUGGACAGCUGCUUGUCCCAGGCCUUCGACAUGGCCAGGUAUUACCACUUGCCCGUGGGCAACUUGCCUCAAGAUGUGUCCAUCUUCGGCUCAGACUUGUUCCUGGCGAGACAUCUACGGAAACACAACCACCUGCUGUGGCUCUCGCCCACCGCCAGGCCCGACCUCGGGGGGAAAGAGGCCGAUGACAGUCGCCUGGUCAUGGAGAGUGAUGACAAAGCCUCCGUGGAGAUCAAUGCUCAAGGAUGCUACUCCACAGUGUGUGUGGAGUUGGACCUGCAGAGCCUGGCAGUUAACACCAUCCUCCAGUCGCAACACGUCAAUGACAUGGAGGGUGGAGCCAGUCUGGGGGUCAGCUUUGAUGUGAUCCAGCAGGCCUCGUUGGAGGACAUGAUGUCGGGGAACCAGGGAGCCAGCGCGCUCGCGAGCUACGAUGAGACGGCGCUGUGCUCCAACACCUUCAGGAUCUUGAAGAGCAUGGUGGUUGGCUGGGUCAGGGAGAUCACGCAGUACCACAACGUGUACGCCGACAACCAGGUGAUGCACUUCUACCGCUGGCUGCGCUCGCCCAGCUCUCUGCUCUACGACCCCGCGCUGCACCGCACGCUGCACAACAUGAUGAAGAAGGUGUUCCUGCAGUUGGUUUCAGAGUUCAAGCGUCUUGGCUCUACCGUGGUGUACGGGAACUUCAACAGGAUCAUGUUGUGCACUAAGAAACGCAGAAUAGACGACGCCAUCGGCUACGUGGAAUACAUCACCAACAGCAUCCACUCCAAGGAAAUCUUCCACUCGUUGUCCAUCUCCUUCUCCCGAUGCUGGGAGUUCCUGCUGUGGAUGGAUCCAUCUAACUACGGCGGGGUGAAGGGCAAGCUGCCCUCCGGCGUCGUGUACGGCCAGGAAGCAGCCAAACAGAAGAAAAAGAACCAGGGGGAGGGAGACGAGGGCAGUGAGGAGGAAGACGAGGAUGGAGCCGAUGUUGAGGAAGAUGACGGGGAGACGGAGGAGGUGGAGGAGUUGAUUGAGAGCAACUGGAACAUCAUGCAGUAUCUGCCCCAAACCGCCUCCUGCCAGAAAUACUUCCUGAUGAUUGUCUCCGCUUACAUCGCAGCCGUCUACCACAGCAUGAAGGAGGAGCUGAGGCGCAGCGCUCCCGGAGCAACGCCGGUCAAGAGGCGCGGCGGCAGCCAGGCUUCCCAGCAGGCCGCGGGGGAUUUCAGUGCUCUUCCUGGAAUGAUCUCCUUCUCCCAGGAAUAUGUGUCCAACGAGCUCACGCAGAACUUUUUCACCAUCACUCAAAAGAUCCAGAAGAAGGUGACGGGCACCCGGAGCGUCAACCAGGCCUCCGAGAUGUUCCCCGUCCUGCCCGGAUCCCACCUGCCGCUCAACAACCCGGCGCUGGAGUUCAUUAAAUAUGUCUGCCAGGUCCUCUCACUGGACGCCAACAUCGUGAACCAGGUGAACAAGCUGAAGAGAGACCUCCUGCGUCUGGUGGACGUCGGGGAGUUCUCGGGGGAAGCCCAGUUCUGUGACCCCUGUAGCUCCUACGUCCUCCCAGAGGUCAUCUGCCACCAGUGCAAUUUCUGUCGUGACCUCGACCUUUGCAAGGACCCAUCUGUGGCACAAGAUGGGUCGGUUCUGCCUCAGUGGUUCUGCUCCAACUGCCAGACGCAGUAUGAGACCGAGUGCAUCGAGAUGGCUCUAGUGGACGCUCUGCAGAAGAAGCUGAUGAGCUACACGCUGCAGGACCUGGUGUGUUCCAAAUGUAAAGGAGUGAAGGAAGCCAACAUGCCUCUCUACUGCAAGUGCGCCGGAGACUUUGACCUCACAUUCCCAAUCAAGAGCCUCUCUGAUCAGAUCACGGUGUUUCGCAACAUCGCGUCCCACUACAGCAUGACCUUCCUGGAGGAGACCAUCGCCUGGCUGCUCUUCAUGAGCCCCCAGAUCAGGCAGAGCGCUCAAUGAACGGGACAUCCAACCCCCCCCCAUCCAUCCAUCCAUCCCACUUUGAUGCACUCGUUCUUCUUUCUUUGUGAUCAGGAUCAAGUUUAAGGAUAAAUAUGUGGACUGUAGAUAUGUUCGAAGUCUUAAUUAUGCCAUAAAAUGAUUUAACGGUGUGACUGUUAAUAAAUAUUGUGUUUUAACUGAA